GGGGCAGGGGCGCCGCGCUUUGUCCGGGGCUGAGCGAGUGCGCCCGGCCCCGGCGGCGCCCGGCCCAGCCCAGCCAAGCCAAGCCAAGCCCAGCCCAGCGGCCGGCGGCUUUCGGGGCGUCUCCUGGCUCCGGCGGCCUGGGCAGCGCGGGGAGCGUGAAUGAGAGUUUGCUCCGAUUUACGAGCAGGAGACUCCAACCGUCAUGUUAAGGUAAAGCAGAGAAGUGCAGUGCUGAACAUGCUAAAGAAGCUGGACAAAAUAAGGUUCAGAGGUCACAAGAGAGAUGAGUUCCUUGAUUUAGCAGAGUCUCCAAAUGCUUCAGACACUGAAUGUGGAGAUGAAAUCCCGGUGAAAAUACCUCGAACAUCCACUCGAGACAAUGAAGAGCUGAGAGACCCUGCUGGUCCAGGGACCAUCGUUAUGGCUUCAGGAGUUCAGGAUUUUAACAGAACGGAGUCUGACAGACUGAAUGAGAUCAAAGGUCACCUGGAAAUAGCCUUACUGGAAAAACAUUUUUUACAGGAGGAGCUCAGGAAGCUGAGAGAAGAAACAAAUGCUGAAACGUUAAGGCAGGAGCUAGAAAAGGAACGGCAGAGGAGAUUAGAACUAGAACAAAAAGUCAAUGAAGUACUUAAAGCAAGGACAGAAGAAGUACCUCCAGCUCAGCAAACUGCAAAACCACAGACACAAGCCAAUGGAACAGAUAAGCGAAGCCACACAAUCUGUUCCAGACUCCAGAAGUGGUUUUGUGACAAAUUUGGGGAGUAUGUUGAAGACUUCAGAUUUCAGCCAGAAGAGAAUACAGUCGAAACAGAAGAACCACUUAGUGCUAGAAGGUUGACUGAAAAUAUGAGAAGAUUAAAGAGAGGUGCCAAACCUGUUACUAAUUUUGUGAAGAAUCUUUCUGCCUUAUCAGACUGGUAUUCUAUCUACACUUCUGCUAUUGCCUUUAUUAUUUACAUGAAUGCUGUAUGGCAUGGCUGGGCCAUUCCUAUGUUCUUAUUUUUAGCAAUUUUGAGGUUGUCCCUAAAUUACCUCAUAGCCAGGGGUUGGAGAAUACAGUGGAGCAUUGUGCCUGAAGUUUCUGAACCCAUGGAACCCCCGAAAGAGGACUUGACAGUGUCUGAAAAGUUUCAGCUUGUUCUGGAUGUGGCUCAGAAGGCUCAGAACCUUUUUGGCAAGAUGGCAGACAUACUGGAAAAAAUUAAAAACUUGUUCAUGUGGGUCCAGCCAGAAAUAACACAGAAGCUCUACAUUGCUCUAUGGGCAGCUUUUAUUGCAUCCUGCUUUUUGCCCUACAGGAUUAUUGGGCUUGGAAUGGGACUCUAUGCUGGAAUCAAGUUUUUCCUUAUUGAUUUUAUCUUCAAACGAUGCCCCAGACUAAGAGCUAAGUAUGAUACUCCUUAUAUCAUCUGGACAAGUCUCCCAACAGAUCCUCAGCUCAAAGAAAGGUCUAAUGCUACAGUGUCAAGAAGGCUUCAAACAGCAGCAUCCAGAAGUUACGUGGGCUCAAGUGCCCCAACUGGAAUAAGCAAAGAUGAAGACACAAGUCGUUUCCAUACCACCAAGAGAGGGAAUUUCCAUGAGGUUUUUAACCUGUCAGAAAGUGAGCGUCCUUUAGCAGUGUGUGAAAAUGGCUGGCGCUGUUGCUUGAUUAACAGAGAUAGGAAGAUGCCUACAGACUACAUCAGGAAUGGAGUUCUUUAUGUUACAGAAAAUUACUUGUGCUUUGAAAGCUCCAAAUCUGGCUCAUCUAAAAGAAACAAAGUCAUAAAGCUAACGGAUAUAACAGAUAUUCAGAAGUAUAAAGUGCUCUCUGUUCUCCCGGGAUCAGGGAUGGGCAUUGCUGUAUCAACACCAUCUACACAAAAACCUUUGGUGUUUGGUGCCAUGGUACACAGAGAUGAAGCAUUUGAGACAAUUUUCAGCCAAUAUGUGAAAAUAACCUCUGCAUCAUCAAGCAGUGAGAGCUAGUAUCUUACCUUAGAAGAUCUAAAGGAAACUUUCUUAUUUUGCGACUUGGUAGUGAAAAAAAUGAACAUCCUCAUCUAUUUCGCAAUAAUUUUUCUUGUCUGGUGGUUUAUAUUCUAUCUGUUACAUAAAUCAAGUGUAUUUUAUAUAUGCCUUCAUGUUUGUUUUUAAGGUUUUUGUAAAAAAAAACAAAAAAUGACAAAAUUAAACAAAAGAGUUAAAGUGCUAUCAUCACUAUUAGCCUUGCACAUUAAGCACUUUUAAUGUUUAUUUAAUGACAUUAAAAGCUGGGAAGAUACUGGGAGAACUGACUAAAUAAUGAAUUGAAACAGAUUGUUCCUUUUAACUCCACUGAUACCACUAGGGUAGAGAUACAUUUUUCCCUGUUUCUUUUUUUUUUUCAUGAUGUGAGAAUGAUGAUUGCAGCAGCUUGAAGUCUCUUUCUUCAGCUCAGAGUUUUUUAUUGGGUUCUAUAUUAAAACUAAUUGCAACACCAAGGAAGUAUUAUCAUCUUAGUAUUUCUGUAUUUAUAACUGCACUUAAAAUAACUCCUCCUUGCUAAUUCUUGAAUUUUACCUGUUUGUUUAGGUUCUGUUUUUCCUGUGUAGAUGAUUAAAUUGCUUGUACAGUGAAUUGGAGGGGAGGCAGUUUCUAACUAUAUCUUCCUUUCCUAAAUAACCAAAGUAAGAGGAAGGAAGGCAGGCAGAUACUUUUUAUAAAAGAGGGCACCAAAAUGUUAUUCCUAAAAUGUUAGGCAUCGUAUAUUUGUAUUUCUGUAGAUACUUGUCAAAGAAGGGCUCAACUAUUGUACAUGUUGUAUGUACAAGGUGUUUGUAUCUUAACACAUUAAAGACUUGCAGGUUUUUGUGUUGGGGGCAGUGGGAAUAAUUAAACUAAAAUGAGACAUGACUUUUUUUUUAAUUUGGCUUUCCUCUUUAGUUGGCUUUUAAUAAAGCAACAUUAUAAUAUAGCAGCUGAAAGCACUGGUUCCUUUUUAAAGUAUAAUAUGAGGGGCUUUGGUAAGUCUUUUCACUUCCAAAAUUAAAUUUAAGUAACAAUUAAGUUAAUCUGCCAGGUAAAACAGGAAGGCUGUGCUCCUUCUCUAAACUCUCUCAGGCUUUUCUAGCAGCAAAGCACAUAUUGACCUUUGUCUUUAAUAUUAGAAAGCUUUUAUAUUCUAUAUAAUAGCACCCAUCUGAGAGGUUUAGAAUUUUAUUUGGAUUUUCAUGAAAGCACAGUAGGAGUUACGCCAAGCCUUCCCAUAUGUCUUUUGCUUUGCUGUGUCUUUUGAACUGAAGAGUAAAGAUGUCUCCAGACACUUUAUGAAUGUCCCCAAAAAAUGCAAUUGAGUUGAAGGUUUGUGUAAAAAUAGGAGUUAAUUUCAUGGACUUUUAACCUUUUUAAAAAUCUUUAAAAUAUUUUUUUUUAAACAAACUUUUUGUUAUACAGAAAGGGGUAAAAUGAAAGAGGGAGAAGGAAAGGGGUAAAAUGAAAGAGGGAGAAGGGAGACAAACACUGAAGGGUGUCUAACGCUUAGCACAGUUUAAACUCAAGUCUGUCAACAAAUGCAGCAGUUAAUGAGGAAGGUGACAAUCAAACUGUACAAACCUUAUUUCAGUCUGGUGAUGAAGAGGUACGACAUGAAUAACUGAGUAUGAAAUUGAUACGAAGAAAUGCUGCUGAAUACGGUGAUUGGGAUGGGUUAUUAGUGGGUGAAACACUGAUGGGGUAAAAUUCUGUGCCCUGGGAAGAAAUGUGAAGAGAAUGUGAAGGUAGAAUUCAGUGUAAUGGCUAAAAUGCUGUUUUUGAGUUCUCCCUUUACACUGAGCACUUCAACAUGUCAUUAUGUGAACCAAAAAAGACACACAUUUCUAACACCACUGUGGGUAUGGUGUAGCUCAGGGCCUGAAAACUUAAAAUAUGAAUGAAGCUGGUAGGAAAUUAAUUUUGCCACCAUGUAAUACAGAAGUAGCUUAUGGUUUAUGGUUUCUUCAUUUUACACAUUCAGGCUUUAUGUUUUGAGUAAAUCCCCUUGAUCUUUAAUUUUUCUCAUCAAACCUACUUUAAAAUAAAUUAAUCUCUUUUUGUAAUUGCUGUGUAUUAUCACUGGGCUUUCCUUUCUACAAGCUUCCUUGAAUAGUAAGUGCAACUAAAGAAUAAGCAUUAAGAUGGCUUAAUGUUAUAUAAAUGUUAAUCAUCCAUUCAUUUUGUCUUACGAAAAAAAUUGCUUGGGUGUGUUCAAGGUUAUCCUUUUUUUUGAAGAAACAGAAAACUAUAUUUUUUACAGAGAGCAUGCUCUUUUUCUUAUUUUUGUAUCAUUUUUCAAGUGUAAUUUAUACCUUCACUCUGAUCAUAACAGCAGUUUCAGUAGGAAAUCAGUUGGUUUGCACUUAUUACCACCUCCCCUUCCCACCCUUCACUGGUUGACUCUGCUCUUCAGGGUUGUCCUAUAUUCUGGUUCCCAGAGGAGCUGGAGGUCCUAUGCUGAUGGUACCAGGGCAACAAACCAUACCUAGGCUUAGGAGAGGGAGAAAAGAAUUUAUUGUCCUUUUCUCAGACUGAAAUGCCUCGUGUACAAUAUUCUCCUAAAAUUUUUUUUCUUGAUAAAAUUAGAAACUUCUUAUAAAAACUGAUGUGUUGAUAUGAGAAAUUAAUCUGCACUUUAACGGUGUGAAAUUAAAAGUUAGCAAUUCUUAAAGCAGUAAAUAAAGUGCAAACUGCAAUGCAAUGUUGUUUCAUUCUAAUAUACAUAAAACAGACUGGAUCUUUUUUAAAAAAUAGAGUUGUAAUAUAACUGACAAACAUCUAUGUACAUACUUUGCAAAGUUCACUUUACAUUUGGUUGUUCAGGUUUCUGCUGCACAACUGCUCCUGUGGUGUAUGUGACUUCAGAGCACUAGGACAUAACCUCCAUGUGUUUACUCUUGUUUUUUUCUCCUGCUACACCCCCUCAGGCUUGGAGGGCAGGAGGGAGUGGACAGUGAGUAAAUAUAUACUUGACUUGUAUAGUUACACACAAGCUCUCACCUUAAACUCCAGUCUUCUAUGUGGUUUUGCUUUAUAGCCUGCUGUACUUCAGUAACAGGCUGGGUCGUACCACUUGAUUAAACAGUGCUACUUUCUAAUAGCAGAAAGUGAUGUUCUGCCUGCUUGCUGUUUAUGUUUGCAAUUCUGUUGAUGUCUGUGAUUCAUUGCUCUAUCACUCAUGCGUAAUUGGACUUCUUUAGAAGUGCAUUGGUUAGUUUGAGUCCCUUUUAAAGAGGAAAAAAAAAGGGAGAUGAAAACUGACCGCUUUAUUCUUUAUUGGUGACCAUUUAAAUACAAAAGCCAAAAAAAGCUUAUUUAUGAAAUCAUGCCUUUUUAUGCACUGUAGCUUUUGUGAGGCAAGAUUGAAUGAAACAAGCUAUUUAUUAGUAGCAACAUCACAGAGGAUGCCAGCAGCAAAACCCCACCCUUGUUCCUGCAGACAAAGAGAAAAGAGAUUUUACCUGAUUGUGAAGAGAUGUAAGGAUGUGCUUCUUUUUUUGGCUACUAAACUUGUAUUAAAAACACUGCUAGUUUCUAUUGAAUUCUGUACAUUUUAGCAGAUGUUUAAUUUCUACUAAUCAUUGAAAUGGAUGUCAAAAUUUUUAUGUCUGAAGUUUGAGUCUAUAUUUUGAAGUUGUAAAUAAUUCAUUAUCAGUGUAACUUUUGUUUGACAAAAGACUUAUACUGUAUGAAGAACUGAAAUAGAGAUUAUUUGCCCUGUACAUUUUUUAAGAAAAUCUUGUUUGUUUAAAAAGUCUUGUAUAAAUUAUAAUUUUUAUUUAAAUAAACAUAAAAAUGCUUUGUGCUAA